AUGGACGAUUUCGACGAGGUAACGCUGGCCACGUUCAGAGCAGCUAAUAUCACUGAGGAUAUCCUGCGCACACUGUCUAGAGAUGACGUUAGGGAUCUCUUUCCUGGUCCAGAGCACUUUCUUCGACGAAAAGAUGUUUGGCUCAAAAUCCACGUGGAGGACCAUGUGGAUGAGGACCCCUCUGCAAUGGCUAGGUCAUCAACGGCUCCAUGUGAUGUCGUGUCUCCCAGCAAUGUUUUAAAAUUCUCCAGUAUGCAGUAUGUUAUCUUUACUGACAGUGAGCUUGAGCAGGUGAGACGUUCAUAUUUUGAGAAGCAGAGACUUGGAAAAGAACAAGAGGUCACUUUGUCGAAGGAGCUUUACUGCCGCCUCGUCCGAAACACAAUGACAAACAUGAUAGCCAUUGCCCGUGCAUCUCAGGACUCCCGUUAUCCAACAAAACAUGAGGUCACUUCCAUGGCUAAGCGUCUAGUAGAGUAUUACCCAAUGAUAAAGGACAACUCAUCAGACAGUGUGUGGGAAGAUGUGUCUAAGAGACUCAUGAAGAGACUAUCAAACAUUAAAAGUCCUGUCAAAUCCAAAGCCCCACCUGCCAAGAAGCAGCGCCCAGAUGGGGAUGCUGAUGAGAGUCUUAGCUCUAGCAUCAGUGAUUGUGAUUCCAGCGCUUCUACAGUCAUCUUGGAAACAUCACUCAGGGCGAGUACCCCGAAAAGAGACGACCAAGUAUCACAACUGGGGGACAGCGAAGAUGAGCCAUACACACUCACAGUUCCUGAGCUUAUGGAUAGAGAGAAGACGCAGGCGCAGCAUCAUCACACACUGCAGAUGAUGUUUAAGUCGAAGAAGCCUAAUAAGGCUGCUGUCUCACAACUGCUUAACCUAGAGUUUUCAGCCCGUAGAAAGUUUAUUGAUUCGGAUACCAUCAGAGAGCAAGAUAGGCCUGGCAAGAUACUUGAGGCCUACCCAUGCUUCCGGGAUCUUGACCAUAUCAUGGAUGAGUUUCGUCGAAUUGUUGAAAAGGACAACAUUGACUUCUUGAAAGACUUGAGAGAAAGAUGGGAUUCGUUCUAUGGUAAGGUCCAAUACUAUGGAGUGGUGAAGCAUGUAAUGAAGGCCCCCCUGACCAUGGACGGCGUUGAACAUGCCAUCGCCGUCUUCACCGCUUUACCGCAGCUCUUUCCAUCAAACUCGAAGGCGCGCAGCCAAAUUGAGGCAAUUUUCCACGUUUUAACGCCCUCGGAGAAUCCGGACGCUUUCCUGCGCACACAAGCAUACCCAGUUGUCCUGUUGGGAGAAGAAAACUGCCUUCUCGCCAUUGGAGCAACAACAUUGUGCACGUUUCCACGCAAGAAAUUUCACGAAACGCUGCUUUACCUCAUGGGCUGCUACUACGUUUUCCACCUACGUUAUCCAAAGACAAUCUGCACACUGCUCUCGGUGAUACAGACUGAAGUGAUCGGGGACACACUCCAUGAUGGCGAUGUCACCCCUUCCUACAGGAAGGCCAUUGGAGAGUGGAAGGCCUUCUCAGAAUGA